CGCCAACCCUCACCCAACCCCACGACAAAUCAAGAUGGCAAGCCGGCCGCUUAACGACGAUGAGGUCCUCAGUGAGAUGAACAAGAUGGUCGCGUUCAUCAAGCAGGAGGCCCUCGAGAAGGCGCGCGAGAUCAAGGUCAAGGCGGACGAGGAGUUCGCCAUCGAGAAGGCCAAGCUCGUGAAGCAGGAGCAGCAGGCGAUUGAUGCGCAAUACGAGAAGAAGCGCAAGGGCGCGGAGGUUGCGCAGAAGAUCGCGCAGUCCACGCUGACGAACAAGUCCCGUCUGAAGCUGCUCCAGCAGCGCGAGGAGCACAUCCAGGACCUCUUCUCGACCGCGCGCGCGAGCAUCGACACGCUCGCCAAGGACGAGGGGCGUUAUGUGCAGUUCCUCGAGGGCGUCAUCGUGCAGGGCUUCCUCUCGCUGCUCGAGCCUGACGUCACCGUGCACGCUCGCGAGAAGGACGUUCAGCUGGUGCAGCAGGCCGUGGACAGUGCCUCGAAGCAGUUUAACGACAUCAGCGGCCGCACCGUCAAGGCGACCGUGGAGGGUUCGCUGAGCAACGACAUUGCGGGCGGCGUCAAGCUCGUCAGCGGCACUGAACGCAUCACGCUCGACAACACGCUCGAUGAACGGUUACGGCUAUUGGAGGACAGGAUGCUGCCGGAAAUCCGGGCAGACCUGUUCGGCUUCAACCCGAACCGCAAGUUCUACACAUAGACGCAGGAGGGCAGUAUACCCAACGACAGUCGGCGCGGACAAUGGAACGAGCAGUGCGCGACAUGUACAUAUACUCUCGUCUCAAUAUUCUG